AUGAGCAUGGCAUCCGCGGCAAGCGCGAGUAGCGGCAAUGUCGGGCGAAGAAAGUCCAAGGACUCGGCGCCUCAACAGACAUUGCCCUUCUCAAAGGCUUUCGUGGCCGAAUACCGAGCGAGGAUGAAGGGCGAUCCGGACCCCGAGGCCCAAUUUGCCUUUUGUCGUUACCUCAUCGAGGCCGCCAAGAAGAUCCAGGAUCCAAAGGAUGGUCCCAAGGCUCAGAGAAAAUACCGAGAUGCGUUGCUUUCCGAGAGCCUCAAGCUCGUCAAGCGGCUGGCUACGACGGGCAUGGGGCUGGGCAAGCCGCCGUACGCCGAGGCCCAAUUCUUCUUGGCCAAUUGUUUCGGAAAUGGUUCGUUGGGAUUGCAGGUCGACCACGAAAAGGCGUACAAUCUCUACGUGCAGGCUUCCAAGCAGAACCAUCCCGCUGCCACUUAUCGGACAGCGGUCUGCAACGAGGUCGGCGCAGGCACGCGCCGAGACCACCACCGUGCAGUCCUCUUUUACCGCAAGGCGAGCGCACUGGGCGACACGGCGGGCAUGUACAAGCUCGGCAUGAUCUUGCUCAACGGACUGCUGGGUCAGCCGCGAAACGUGCGGGAAGCCAUCGUCUGGCUGAAGCGCGCCGCGGGGCAAGCCGACGAGGAUAACCCACACGCCCUCCACGAGCUUGGGCUGCUGUACGAAAAGGUCAACUCGACCAUUGUUGCGCAAGACGAGCCCUACGCCCGCGAGCUCUUUACCCAGGCUGCGCAGCUCGGCUAUGCGCCGUCGCAGUUCAAGCUGGGCUCAGCGUACGAGUACGGAAGCCUGACGUGCCCUGUCGACCCGCGACGAAGCAUUGCGUGGUACACCAAGGCGGCGGGCAAAAAUGACGGAGAGUCGGAGCUCGCCCUCAGCGGCUGGUACUUGACCGGAAGCGAGGGCGUGCUCAAGCAGAGCGACAGCGAAGCCUACCUCUGGGCCCGCCGAGCCGCGACAAAGGGCAUCCCCAAGGCAGAGUACGCCGUGGGCUACUACUGCGAGGUCGGCAUCGGUGUCGAGGCCGACACCGAGGAAGCCAAACGGUGGUACAUGCGCGCCGCAGCCCAGGGCAAUAAACGUGCGAUGAUGAGGCUUACGGAGCUCAAGCAGCAGCGUGGCUCCAAGGGCGGCAAAAAGGGCGCGAGGCCUACACGAAAGGAUGCAGAGUCUGAAUGCGUCAUUGUCUAA